AUGCCAACCCUGAUUUGGAGAACGCUUCCUGAUAAACGUCAGCCGGCGGCGAUUUACGCAUUGUGUUCAGGUUGUUCCAAUGCAUCUGAUAGUUUAACACUGUAUUACUGGGGCUUUUGGAAGAUGCCACGCAAGAUGGCAUUGUCGCCUACAGCGUUGCUGCUUGCUUUGGUGGUUGGUGCCGCAGCCCAGCAGUCAGUCUCUCUUCCUUCCGGGCGUGCCUUGCGUACAAAAGAAGCCAAGUGCGACGGAGUGGGUUGCAGUUGUGGGAGCAACGAAGAUUGCCACGACUCGGCCAAGAACUGCAUACAAAUAGGACUGUCAAUGAAGUGCUUCAGUGACGCGGUCGUGCACGCAAAGACCAAGAUCGGCACCUUCGAAAAGUUUGCAGACCAUGCAGACCUCGCAGACUUUCCGUCCGCUCUCGAGCAUGUGUCCACCUGGUUCAUCGAGAAUGACGUGGGCAGUGUAGAGGAGCUGGAGGGUUCAGAUGAGCUCAUGGGCAAGUUUCUGCUGGCAUCUCACAGCAAAGUUAAGCUCCGGCCCUACUACAACAUGAGGAAGUACCUGCAGAAGGACUUACGCAACGCACCUCCGCCUCCACCCAUUCGAAAUCCUCUUCCGCCUCUUCUAGGUGGGACAGGCCACUGA